AUAAUUUAAUUUCUUAGAUAGAUUCCAUAGAUUCAGAAACAGAGGCGCAAGCACGACUCAACUCAUUUCGCAGCGAUGAAUCUUCACCUCUCUCUCUUCUCCGUCGCUCUGAUCUCUCUCCUCUGUCUCCACCACCACCACCAUAGUGCUCUCGCAUCUUCCCAUUUCGAAGGCUUCGAUGCCGAAGACGACGAGGACUCCACCGAGCUUCACCACUCGCUCACUCCUCCCCUCCUAACUCAAUCCGAGUCGACAGUUCUAGAUCCGGAACCCGAUUCCACCCCGAUCACUAAACCGGACCCUCCCCCGACUCAAACCGGCUCCAACAAGCCAUCCCCAACCUCGUUCGAUUUCUGGGACGAAGACGAGUUCGAGGGAUUACCAGAAGACGAACCAACGGAGAUUCCAGCUCCGAUUGCUUCCGAAUCACCUUCAGAUCCACAGAUUCCAGAUCCAGAGGACACUGACACUCCCAAGAAGAAGAAGCUUUCCUCCUACACUGUAGAGAUCGUCUGCGUCUCGAUCUUGAUCGCUUACCUAACCAACUACUUCCUCGGCAAGCGCGACAACGAGAGCCUCGCUCUCUCCUGGGCCUCCAAGUUCGGGCUCAAGGACGCGAUCUUCGAGAAGAACUUCAGCCUCCUCGGCGUCGGCGAAGGAGAUGACUCUCCUUUGUUGUUAAAAGAAGCGACGAACGUGUUUAAAUUCUACGCGAGCGGGCGUAGGUACUGCCACGGGAUGUUGGCGACCUUGGAGCUCAAGAGCAGGCACGAUCUGAUCUCCAGGCUCUUUAAUUGCGUGGUGCCUUGUAAAGACGAGAUCGGUUUCGAGGUUUAUAUGAACGACGAAGGUAUGGAUCAUGUUGUGUUUGCGUUGGCGAGGAAGAAGGCGGCGAAAGGGAUGUUUAAGGAGAUGAGGGAUCUGCAGAGGUUUGGAGGGAUGGUGGCUGCUCCUGGUGGGAGGAAGUGGGUGGCGGAGGAGUUGGCUGUGGUCUCUGAGUCUAAGGAGGUGGCUGGGGAUAUGAUCACUGACGUUGUGCUUGAUCAGGUUUUUGGUGACAAAUCCUUCGAAAAGUUUGGCAAGUAUUUUAUUUCGAUGCAUUUUUCGGACCAACAUCCUGGCAAACACAGGAAGAUGCUGCUUUUCAAGUUUGCCUUGCCUGAUGCUAAGCACAUGGAUGAUAUGGUCCGGUUGAUAGCGCUAAUUCCGUAUUACAUUGACUUAAUUGGACGCUACAAGCUCAGCUCCCAGGCACGGAACAAAACUGAUGGAGCUAGGCAAAAGGUGGCGCAGGAAGCGUACAAGGAACUUGAGAGUGUGAGGCAAGAGGCAUUGCAGAGAAAGAAAGCCGAAAAGAAGAGAUUACUGGAGGAGGCAGAGGCAAAGCUUAGCGGUGAGGCUCUGAGGAAGAAAGAGGCAAAGGAACGUGCACGCCAGAUGAAGAAGUCUAUGCCAAAAGUUAAGAUGAGUCGUGGUCACUAGACUCGAAGCAUAGGGACGUCUCUCUAAGGUCACGCAUUCUCAUGUUUGCCAUUGGAAUAGAUAUUUUAUUCCUCUACUUAUUUUUUAGCCCUUUCGAUUAUAGAUCUUUUCUCUUUGCUUUCGUGAA